GCUCCGCAGUAACGCGACCGCUUUCGUGGAGUGUAGUCGUUUUUUGUGUUAUGUUAACUGUCAAUAAAUGUUCCGCAACAAAACUCGUGUAGAUCAUUGUUCAAUUGUCAAAAGUUAUGAUUUAAAAUUGUUUUGAAUAAUGAUAUGGAAUAGUCAUCCAUGUGUAAGGGUUGUUAUUUAUACGUUAUACCCCGUAAUUGAUAACUAUUGACGAUAAAUUCAUUCAUGAGUUUGAGGAUACUCUAGGGGUUGUAUGUUUCUCUAGUCCGGAAAUGUCGAAGUGUUGGUUGUGUGACGCGCAUUUACGCAGCUUACGGAGACAUUGCAGAACGCCCAGCGGCGAUUGAUUAAAUUUCCACCGAUUCUUCAUAAAUAAUAUAAAUAAGAGGAAGGGAAUUGUGGCUGAUCUGGAAUAACAGGAUGGUUCAGUGUAAAAAGAAAAAAUUGUAAUAGCAAUUCACGUGGAGAAAAACCCCCAGCGGCUGUCGUUUAUUUGAUUAUUCAACAGGAGUAAAUGUAUGAACGAAAAAAUGAUAAAAGCCGGGAAAUUGUCAGUAGGAAAGAGUGUAAUGACGGAGGACGUCUCAGUGAUGGCGACGUGAUAGCCACGUGCUCUCGAGGAUGUUGUGCCGGUCAUCGUUGUUAAACAAAAAUAGUGGGAAAACUAGUUGUCAUUAAAAAAAAAAAAAAAAACAAGUGAUAUAAACACGUGAAUUUUGUGAUUACAAGUGAUUGCGUGUGUGUAUAUUUUGUAAAGCAAUAAGUGAUAUAUACUGGGCGAUGUGCAAUUAAUUACUUAUGAUAAUCAGAAGUAUCGGAAUAGUAUCGAGUUGAUUGAUGUCACCGAACUAGUGUCGAUUCAACGGAGUUAAAGUACAAACAAACAUUGAUUGUUGCUGGUGAAUAAAUAUACCAACAACACCAACAAAUCGAAGUAUCGUCGAGGUAUCCACCGAAUUGGUGACGUCGUGGAGGGGGGAGUGAUGCCGGUAAGGGUGGCACAGCGCCCCCCAAGUGGUCUACUCCACUCCGGCCCAGUAUCGGUUGUAGCAAGUACAGGACCAAAUAAUCAAAUAUCCUCGGGCCGUUGCCUCGGGGGCCCCAGUGGCUCCCCACCACUGGCGCCGGCACUGAGCCAACUUGCCGGCAAUAAUAGCAACAACAAUUUGAGUAACAAUAAUCAUCUCAAUAGCAAUCAAAAUUCUAGUAUUAUAACAGGGCCGAACGCUACAAAUCCAUUGCAGGCUAUGGCAUCGGCUGCUGCAUCAUUAACACAACUUAAUAAUAUGGCCAAUGGCCCAUUACCACCAUUGAAUAGUGGACAAACUGGUCCAAAUUUACCACCACCACAACCAGCAACAACACCAACUCAUGGGCCACCAACACCACAUGGUGCACCAACACCACAUAUUACUGGCCCAGGGCCUCAUCUUAAUGGUGCAUCACCAAGUCCACAUCCAAUGCCACCACAUGGUAUGAUGACUGGUUCACCUCAUGCACCACAUCCACAUAUGGGAGGUGGUGGCCCAUCACCUCAUCCACAUCAUCCUGGUCCACAUAUGGUUGGCUCACCUCAUCAUCCAGGCUCUCAUAUGGGCCCGGGUAUGAUGGGACCCACAAUGCAACCACAACCUGGACCUGGUAUGUGCCCACCAAAUAGUGGACCACCAAUGCCACCUCAUCCACAUUCCCAGGGACCUGGAGUACCUGGACAACCACAUAUGCACAAUGAUCCCUUUUACUGUUCACCAUUUGGUACACCGUAUUACAGAUCGUUGCCUGUCCCCAGGAGGCAUACACCGUACUUCCAACAGCCGGACAUCCGACUCUACGAGCUCAAUAAGAGGUUACAGCACCGGACUGAGGAAAGUGACAAUCUUUGGUGGGAUGCCUUUGCGACUGAAUUUUUUGAGGACGAUGCCACCCUCACCCUCGCAUUUUGCCUCGAGGAUGGACCCAAGAGAUACACAAUAGGAAGGACGUUAAUACCGAGGUACUUUCGUUCAAUAUUCGAGGGAGGUGUUACAGAACUUUAUUACCACAUGAAGCAUCCAAAGGAGUCAUUUCACAAUACGAGUAUAACGUUGGAUUGUGAAAAUUGUGUGAUGGUAACGCAUCAUGGGAAGCCACCAUUUAUGAAGGAUUUCCUGUUUCAGGUGUGUACAGAAGGUAGGCUAAUAUUAGAAUUCACCUUCGAUGACUUGAUGAGGAUAAAAUCGUGGCAUAUGACGGUGAGACAGCAUCGGGAACUGGUACCCAGAUCAGUUGUCAGUAUGCACACAGCCCAGCAAGAUCCAUCGAUGCUCGAACAAUUGAGCAAAAACAUUACUAGACAAGGCAUCACAAAUUCUACUCUUAAUUAUCUUAGGUUAUGUGUCAUUUUGGAGCCAAUGCAGGAGCUUAUGUCGAGGCACAAGGCGUACGCACUGUCGCCGCGCGACUGCCUGAAGACAACCCUUUUUCAGAAGUGGCAGAGGAUGGUUGCCCCGCCGGGUAAGAGAGAAUCUCAGCGACCUGCGAGUAAAAGGAGAAAGCGAAAGGGGAGUGCAUCGGGGCCUGGUAAUAAUGCACCACCAGCCCCAAGUAAAAAGCGAUCACCAGGGCCCAAUUUUUCCCUAGCAUCACAGGAUGUGAUGGUAGUGGGCGAGCCAUCGCUGAUGGGUGGUGAAUUUGGUGAUGAGGAUGAACGAUUGAUAACAAGGCUUGAGAACGCGCAGUACGAUGCUGCUAAUAGUCUCGAUCCCCAUAGUCACGAUACCUCAGGUGGUCCACCACCUCAUCCCCAUCAAUUUCAUACGGAACCUACACCCGGUAAUUCCUGGCCACCUGAUCGCGGUGGAGGACCACCCCAAGGAGGUCCCGGAAGUCAGGGUGUCCAGGGUGCUGGCGGUGGUGGAGGAGGUAGUGUACAGGGCUCGCAAGACGGUAGCCAACAGCAGCAAGACAAAAAGAGCCCCGCAGUGAGCCAGUGAGGCCAGGAGUCCCCGCGCCCACCCACCAGGGGGCGUCGGGGGCGCAGGCCCAAAAAUGUGGCUCCCUAGCGGGGCGAGAACACGGUGUUAUCAACGAGCUCAUAUCUGACCUCAUCAACCGCCUCGUCGCGUUAUCAUGGACAGUUAACUGGUAUGAUACCGCAGCUACCAAUAUCUGAGCCAACAUCCAUAUCCAUGGAGAGCAAUGACAUUGGACUGUCUAAUACCGUUACAACUGCUCAACCUACUGGUGGAGGUGUUACGCAAACAAAUCAGGGUCAAGAUCCACUACAAAGUAUUGUACAGCAGUUACUAUACCUUCAACAACUAGAUUACAUCUUUGCACAGCAUGGACACAUGUGACCCAGUAAACAAGGAGGCUGGUCAUCAAUUCACUAAACAUUCAGAGGAAAUAAUAAAUAAUAACGAAAUGCCACUCGAACAUUGAUAACAUUAUCUGAGAAUCAAUGACUCAGGGGAUUAAUGAAAAAUAAUGAAAACCGAAUGACAAGUUAAACUUGGUUGAGGGUUGAAACUUGAAUAAAUUCAAAGACGAUUAAAUUAAUGAAAGUCAAAUUUUAAUUAUGAAAUUUCUUCAUCGAAAUUUUUUAAAAUAGAAUAUAAAUUCUACGAUACCCGGUUUUUUAGGGGCUCGAGUGAUACGCGAUAAAUAGUUGGCAAUGUGAAAUAAUAAUGUUCUUUUUUUUAUAUCAAAAGUGGAGUGAGGGUGAGGGAGUGAGGGUUUAUGGGGACGAAUGAAUGUUCAGUUAAAUUAUUUCUAUGAGGUGGAAUGUCGUGAAGAUUUAUCGGCUUUUUUGUUUUCCCUCUGAUCGAAGGUCAUGUACAUCAUCCGCGCACAAAAAUGGACAAUUUCUAGUUUUUGGGGUUUUUCUUUUCUAAUUUACGCUCGAUUAGACGUGCGCGAGCUGUGAAUGAAUCUCUAUCCGUCAACAGUAUUGAUAUAAUUAUAGAAUAAAUGAAUAUAAUAUUCUAAGAGGUUUUUAGACUGUAAGUACGUACAGUGCAAGCGAAUUCUGAGUGUUCUGCGGAUGAGUGAGUUUUAUUUUCUUUCGUUUCAUGGCUAUUGGUCAUGUGAAAUUGUCUUAACGCACACCUUUAUUUCUUCAAUUCAGAUGGGCAUUGCACAACAUAAAGUGGCGCAUUAUUUGUUCACAACUUAAUUUAUUGACUUCACACCCAAGUUAUUUUUUUGCAAUUUUUACUGCACGUUUUAACUCAAAAUACAUUAGGUUCAUCACGAAUGUAAUCAUUUUAAACACACAAUUACUACGAAACAAGUGGUAAAAUUCAAUUGCAAGUUAUAUCGGUGUAACUUUUCAUUGGGUAUGCUGAGGCAAGACUCGAGGAAGGCCUAUGCCCGUUAAAUCAGCUAAAAAAAUAAACUCGAGAUGAGAACCUGAAAUGACACAAGUGUAACAUAAAAGACAUCUCAUUAUUAAAUUAUUUGGUAAAGCCACUAGUGCAGCCAGUAAGUCGCCCCAAAAGUGUGAUUUCACGUAGAAACUAAUGAAAUCGAUGAGUAACAUGAAAAAAUCUAUGAUUUUGUGUAAUUAUAAUAUUAAGUGCGCAAGAUAUGAGUGAGUAUACAAUGAAACUGAAUUUGUGAGAGCGCUGAGGUUUAGAAUAAAUGAUUUAUUGACAAAUGUUGUAUAUUAUUACGAAUUAUAAUGAUACUAUAAUAAUUAAUUAAUUAUUAUACCAUAAUAAUGUGAAUUGACCUUAACAGAAGAUUAAAAAAACUACAUGAAUGAUAAAUAAUAGGGAAUUUUUAAUUGUUAGUAAAAGGUGAAAAUAAUAAAGUGGUGAAAUGAAAGAUGAACUCAAGUGCACAUGAGGCAGUCGUUUUGACAGCUAUUAGGUCUGAACUCGAUAGCAGAAACCGAUCCGCUCAAUGCAUCGAAAUUAUUUAACACAAUUGCGAGCUCUUAUAUUUUCAACAUUGUUAUUUUUUUUUUUAUUCAUCUGUGAAUUUUUUGGGAGAUGUACUUUGACGUUAAGACGCAGUACGAACCAUCAUUUUCUCUAGAACUUUAAUAAGCUUCUCGCUCUUUGGAUGUAAAUACAGUGGUAAAUUAUUCAUAUAGACUUUAUUAUUUAUCGAACAGGCGUAAAAUGAUCAAAGUACAGUCUCAAACUCGUUCAUCAAUGAUUGUAUUAUUUUAACAAUGAGAGAGAUGAAAUUAUGGCCCUCGAAAAUUUUCAGUUCAUGAGGAACUUGACUUAAUCUCAAAAAUGCAGAAUCAAAGAACAGAUAGUUUCUAACUGUUAGGAAGAUUAAUAACAAUGAAAAGUGACCCACUUUCACACAGAGACGUCCAACAACACGAAUUGAGACAGAAAAGGGGCAUGUUAACGAGUUCUGUUGUACAUUGUAAAUGGAUUUGAUGUCGAAAAAAAAUAAUGAUGAACAAUUAUGAAUUGAAACAAAGGAAAAAAAUAAGUAGCAUCAUUUUUUAAAGUGAUUAAUUAAUAUUAUGAAUUAUCUUUAACUAUUAUUACAUGUUUCUGAGGCAGUGUACAAAUAAAAUUAUCAAUCACUUGAUAAAGCAAA